AUGGAAGAAGUCUCUAGGAACAGCAACAGUAGUACAGAGACUGUCCAGACCAUUUCCUUCUCAGCCUUCCAAGCUGCCCAACUUGCUCAACAGAUGUCUCUAAGAGGCACAGCUCCCGUGACUGUUGUUCUUCCUGGGGAUCAACAGGUCCACGUUCAGGGUGUAAUUCAGUCAGCACAGUCAUCGGUCAUUCAUUCUCCUCAGGUUGCUCCGUCAACGGCUUCUUCAAUAUCAGAAAGUGAGGACUCACAGGAUUCAUCAGACAGUAUUGAUACCCCCAGGAAGGCCCGCAUUUUAUCUCGUCGGAUAUCGUAUGGGCAAAUUUUGAAAGAUCUCUCUUCUGAAGACACUGGAGAUAGAAAACGUGAAGACGGAGCAGGAGCAUCAACUGUUACGCCAAUGUCUGCUGCCACUACAAUAUAUCAGACCAGCACUGGACAGUAUGUAACUAUUGCUCCCAAUGGAACACUUCAGCUUGCUACAGCUGCAACAGAUGGUGUACAAGGGUUGCAGACAUUGACUAUGUCCAAUGCUGGCAGUAACCAGACUGGUACAACUAUACUACAGUAUGCUCAGACAUCUGAUGGUCAACAGAUUCUUGUUCCCAGCAACCAGGUGGUUGUACAGACUGCUUCAGGAGACAUGCAGACUUACCAGAUACGGACUACAUCAACCACCACCUCGCUUCCACAAACUGUGGUAAUGACAUCACCUGUUACACUGUCCUGUCAACCCCCAAAGACAGAUGACCCACAGUUAAAGCGAGAAAUAAGAUUAAUGAAAAACAGGGAGGCUGCCCGAGAGUGCGGAGAAAAAAAGAAGGAAUAUGUUAAAUGCUUGGAGAACAGAGUUGCAGUGCUUGAAAAUCAAAACAAAACAUUAAUUGAAGAGCUAAAGACUUUAAAAGAUUUGUACUGUCACAAAACAGUUUAA